AUGGCUUCUUCAUCUUCCUCUUCUACUAAGAAGGAAGAAAUGGAGGAGGGUCUACGCAAGAUGGAUAUUAACGCAGCGGAGAAGCACAUGAAGGAUUGGUUUGGUGACCAUGCAUCAUGGAGUCACGAACAGCUUCUUAAUCUUAUCUACGAGGAGGACCUUAUAACGUUGCGACAUGUGCAGUCGUUUGGCGAUUACGUUUCUGGUGGUCUUCGACCCAGCGGUGGCCGUCCUUCUUUUCCACUCAUGACGCAUGAAGAGUGGGGCCUUCUAAAUGCUUCAUACAGCCAGUGGGCUCCAGCACCCUACAACAACCUGCACUACAGUUGUAUGGAUCGGAUUGCCCCAUUGAUCAUGAGACAAGAGAUCAAGGAACUCAAAGCCCCGCCACAUAUCGGCUUUCUUGCUCGUCUACGUCCUCUGAAAGCAAAGCUCUUGCUUGGUAUGGUGCCAAUCAGCGGAGACCGCUGGCUAGAGCGUAAGAUGGAUGACCCUGCGAACUACAGGAACCUUUUCGAAUUGAUCAAGGACGUCAAUUACAUAUUCGAAUGGUUCAAUCAUGAUGAGGUUCAAAACCGGACAAGGAGCGCUUUCAAUUGGAUGGUUGACAAAUAUGUCGAAUUCGAGCAGGCAGCUAACCUUCGGCGCGAAAACAACGGCAUUGGAGAGAAACUCAACCUGGCCGGUAUGUGGGCAGAAUACUGGAACGACUUGACAACCAACAUGUCAGAACGGACGCAUCGAUGGAUUGUAGAUCGCGUGGAUGAAGUCCAAGCACACGCUUUUGCGCAAUACCAGGAUGCUCUCAAGGAUGCUGGAACUGACGAAGCAGCUGUUGGCGAAGCAGGCAAGAAGUAUUACGAGUGUGUACAAGAUCUCAGAGGCAUGCUCACCAGACUGGACUACACCAUCGGCAUCCCCAUGACUGGCUUCAAGGGAUACACAGCCUCCAACGCCUUCAAGGAUCUCCCAGUAACACAGAGACAUGAUACCUGGAGAAAGAUGAUGGCGGCAAAGUCUUUCAAACAUCAGAUAGCUAUCCUUGAAGCGCAAGACAAAGCCGAUGCUGAGCAAGCUUCCAAACAACCGACAAUGGAGGAACUACUCGAUCCAAUUCAGCAACUCACGAAGCCAGCACAUCCACGAUUUCGGGACACCGAAAAUCUCAUUGGCCACUACGAAGAAGGCAAGAGAAACCGCGACGAGAUUCGAUUAGUCCUCUGUGGUCCACCGAAACAGCCCACUCAGGAACAUUGGAUAACAAUCCUACGUGAGCGCAUGGACUUUUACGCAAAGAAUCCGCGAGAUGUAACUCGGAACCCGGAUGCGUGGGGUUUUGUUUGCUACCGCCUAACUUACGAUCAAACCGAUGAGCAAUGGGCGACCUUCGAGAAAAAGUUCCUUCAAGACGUCUCACGAUCUGGAAACUGGAUCGAAGGAUUCGACAGCAUCAACAGGAAGCAUAAAAUCAUGGUCAUCGAUGGGCGAGAAUUUGGAAUCGCGGAAGGUGAUGUGGCGGCUGCCAAACGACACUUCAAGAAGACCUUCACCAUGUUACCGACGCUCGGGCGUAUGUGGACUCAAGACUUCCUUGUCAUCGAUAAGCAAGCAUAUGCGUCAUAUGCUGAGUCGCCCAAAGAGCAAGUUCGGCCUCCGCCUCCGUAUGGUCCUGGAUUUGGUUGCAAUGGCGGGCAUGUGCGUCUUGUAGAUGGGACGUUUGAUCAGCUCUCACGGGAACUGAUCGAUACCUUAGCGCCUGGCUUUAAGGGCGAGAUGAAGGUGUUGUCGAGCCUACUCCUGGAAGAGUUGUAUCCACUUCUAGCGACGUUGAGCGUUCGACCUUACGGCUUGUGGCCAUGCGCUCGAUUGCAUCCAAGAGAGGUGUACGUAGGGACAACGGAUGCUGCCCAAGAGGGAUGGUGGGAGUUUGGCCGCAUCGAUCAGGCUAUGAUGCAAGGAUUUUUCGAAAGCAUGAGGUCUAAGAAAGCUGACCUCCUCGCUAGGAAGACUUAA